GCAAAAUUUAUUUUGUUUCAUUGUUAAAGAUUUUUAUUAUAUUAAAUGUGCUUCAUUUAAAACGUUUAAUUCUGUGUCUAAAGCAAAUAUGAGUGUGUUCAAAAUAUCUGAUUAUGACUGUAUCGGUUUUGAUUUGGAUAACACUCUUUUAAAAUAUAAAAUAACGAAUCUAGUGCAUUUGGAAUAUGAAAUAUUAGCUAAUUACUUAGUGAGAGAAAAAGGAUAUAAUAAAAGAUAUUUAUUAAAUCCAUUAAACGACAAGGAUUUUGAUUUUAUGCAGAAGGGCUUAUUUCUAGACUUUGAUAGAGGAAAUAUACUUAGAAUAAGUCCAGAUGGUAAAAUUCAGAGAGCCUGUCAUGGUACUAAAUUAAUGAGUAUAGAACAAAUUAAAAAAAUAUAUCCUGAACAACGAUGGGACAUAAUGGAUAUAUUUUCCAACGAUAUGCUUGCUACUUGGAAUGAACCAUUGUCUAUGAAAAUGCGAGCUCUGUUAGAUUAUUUUGAUAUUCCAUGUUCUCUUAUUUUUGCUAGAGCAGUAGAUGCGUUAGAUGAAGAAAAUGGUAAACCAUUAGAUGUAUAUAAUAUAUGGCCUGAUAUGUUAAACGGUUUAAUUUGGAUGUAUGAUACUAAACAGUUUGAAUUAGACGAAGGGGAAUUUUUUCCUGCAUUAAAAAAAAAUCCAGAAAAAUAUUUACAUAAAUGCAACCCCGAUACGAUAUCCUGGAUUCAGGAAAUGAAAAAGGAUAAAAUAACUUUCUUGAUUACUGGAUCGUAUAUUGAUUUUGUAAAGCUAACUGCAACUUAUGCUCUUGGGGAGAAUUGGAGAUCUUUGUUUGAUAUUGUUAUUUGUUAUGCUAAAAAACCAGGAUUUUUUAUAAAAGAACAACCCUUUAUGACUAUAGCUAAUAGUAAGGAAAUUGAUAUUAUAUCAUGCGAUGAAUUAGUAAGAGGCAGUAUAUACAGGUAUGGCAAUUGGAACGGUCUUUUAAAGUUUUUUAGUAGAAUAUCAGGCAAACAAAAUCCACGUUGCAUAUAUAUUGGAGAUAAUCUUAUACAAGAUGUUUAUGUACCAAAAGAAUAUGCUAAUUGUGAUACGAUAGCACUCGUAGAAGAACAAAUGUCUGAAGGCAUGAUUCAUCAAUUUUUAUCACAUCCGGAUGACAAAAUCUUAAAUUCAACAAUUUGGGGAUCUUAUUUUUGUUUAAAAGAUACAGCACUUAAUGUCGAUUCCUUUUGGGGUCACAUAAUUAAAAAUUAUUCAAAAAUAUGCAUACCUAAUUUAGAUUUGAUUACAAAAAAAGAUGCUCCAAAGUCUUUUACACAUUUUAAUAAAGAUAAGAAAGAUUAUAGUGGGUACUAUCCUGCUUUACCAUUAAGUAUAUCAAUUUCAUAAUCUACCCAAUAUAAUAUUUGGAUAAUUUGCAAAUUUAAUAAUAAUAGGUGCGGAUUAUACCAGCUAUCAAGGAUCAAUUACAACAAUUAAGUCAACGCAUAAGUAAAAAGAAAGAUGCAAAACGAACUUAUAAAGAAAAACGUGCACAAUUAAGACAACAGGAAGGAAUUCUUGCAGUACAAAGUAUCUUAGAAAAGAAAAAAGCAAUGGAGUCUACAAAUAGCGAAGAUGAAUAACAUAUUUUAGAAUUAUUUCUAGCUUUUAUGACUAUUAUAAUUAAUUAUUUACUAUUUAUACAGUACACAUAUUCUUUAAACAUGCAAACAAACAUGUUUAAUUUAUGAAUGUAUUUAUAUUUUUUAUUUCACUUAUAAAAACAUAUGGAAAAAAAGUGAGAUAAACAUUUUGUAUUACGCAAAAGCAAUAUAAAUUUACAAUAUACUAUGCAUAAUAUUUUUAGAAAAAUAGGUCAAGUAUAGUGAUAUUAUAAAAUAAAUAAAUUCAUUUGGUGGGAUUGUAUUUCCAUAAAUAUUGCAGUUACAUAUAAGCAAAUUUUAUGUAUAGUUAAAAUAAUGGUAAAAGUGAGGUAUAAAUAAUGUUUAUUGCAUAAUUAAAUGCUUGUAAAUAUGUAGCUACUUUUUACAUUAAAGAUUGAAAUAUUAUCAAUGUA